AUGAGACUGACCUCCGGAGCAAACGAACAAGACCGCGCAAAAAUUGCUGAAUUCUCUGAUAGGCUCCUCAAAAUUGGAGAAGGUAACUCGAGGGAUUACAUUAGCUCUAACUCUGUUGAUCGUUCUGAGAUACAUGACAGGGAUAUUCUUGAUGUCCUCGGUCCUGAAUUUCUAAGCUCUUUGAAAACUUUCGGUUUGCCUAACCAUCACAUCAAACUAAAGGUCGGAACUCCGAUUAUGUUAAUGAGGAACAUCGAUCAGUCCGAAGGUUUGUUUAACGGUACACAUCUAAUUGUUUCAAAGCUGGCUACGCACGUUCUUGAGGCUCAUAUAAUGGGCGGAAAAAAAGAUGGGAACAUCGUCUAUAUCCCCAAGAUGAAUAUGUCCCCUUCGCAGUCGCCCUGGCCUUUCAAACUAAGUCUUCGACAAUUUCCCAUCAUUGUCUCCUACGCGAUGACUAUAAACAAGUCGCAAGGAAAAUCCUUGGAUUGGGUUGGGCUUUAUAUAACCCGAGACGUUUUUAAUCAUGGGCAAAUAUAUGUCGCACUUUCGAGGGUUACGGGCAAGAGACUACAACAAACGUCGUAUACAAGGAGGUUUUCAACAAUGUUUGAGGUCAUAUUUCUGUUUUUCAACGACUAA